ACUCGGUUUUUUCGCGAACCGAUUCGGUCUUUGAAAUUUAAAAUUAUUCAUACCGAUUUACAUGGCUUUACUUAAAUUUUCUGAUGUUUCGUUGCUUGAAAAGCUUUAUCAGAACAACAAUUUAAUUUUUGCGAGCUGAUUGAUUUUUGGAGACGGGCUUUAUUCGGAACAUAGCCGAGGAUUUUUACUUUUUCUCAAGUUAUUGAUUUUCACCAAUGAGAGUCCAUUUUUUAGACCCUAAUUUAUUGAGAGUCCAUUUAGCCAAUGAGAGUCCUAAUUUAGCCAAUGAGAGUCCAUUUUUUAGACCUUUAUUUAUUUUGAAGACCCUGAUUUCAUUAGAGGGUGGCGAGUCCUGCUCAAUUUCGGGUCAAUGAUUGCCCUGUUCAUUUUGAUUGCCUGUACGAAUUCGCGAAAAUUCGUAUUGUCUCCUGGGAUUAUUGCAUGACGGAAUACAAAAUUUGGUUAAAUGAAAUGGUUAAAUCUAAAGCACAUUUGUUGAAGUAACGUCAUAUUGUACUUUAUUAUUCACUAGAACAUUCUUACCACUAAAACACACCAAGUUGAAACGACCAAUUAAAAUGCGCCACGCCGAAAAGUGAUCUAUUUGUUUCAUUCUCCUAAUAAUAUUCAGAAGCGCGUGCUUUUUUCUUUCCUUGUUGAACAAAUUUUUCCAAAUAAUUACUCAUCAUUUGCUUGGUCUAAAUUUCUGGAGAUUCUUUAGGGUUUUAUCUCCAAGAUUCUUUCGGACAGGAUUUUAUCUAUUGCCUGUGGCGUUUGGGAUCGCGUGAACAUAUUUUAGAGUUGUUCAUGUUUAAACAGUUGUAGAAAUUGUAUGGUUCUGACGACAAGAAUGAGUCAUCUAGUGUUGCUUUGUUUGACCCUGUGUGGUAUCAGUUUGACCUCUGCCCUCUACUCUCCAUCUGACGCUGUAGUCCAGCUGACCCCUGCUAAUUUCGACUCCCAAGUGACCAAUGGGAAAGAGUUGUGGCUAGUCGAAUUCUACGCUCCCUGGUGUGGACACUGCAAGAACUUAGCUCCCGAAUGGAAGAAAGCAGCCUCUGCAUUGCAAGGAGUAGUCAAAGUGGGCGCUGUUGAUGUGGACGCCCAUCAGGAGUUCGGAUCCAGGUUCGGAAUCAAGGGUUUCCCAACCAUCAAAGUGUUCGGUGCCAACAAGAAGUCUCCUACUGAAUACAACGGUGCUAGAACUGCCAGUGGAAUUGUAGAUUCGGCUAUGGCAGAGCUGAAAAAAUUAGUUAACGCCAGGCUAGGCGGAAGUGGAAGUAAAGGCGGAUCCUCGGGAGGUGGCAGUGGCAACAACAAAGAUGUGAUCACGCUGACUGAUUCGAACUUCGAAGAGAUGGUGAUGCAAAGUGAAGACAUGUGGCUUGUGGAGUUCUUCGCCCCCUGGUGUGGUCACUGUAAGAAAUUGGCGCCCGAAUGGGCAAGAGCGGCCACUGACCUGAAAGGAAAGGUCAAACUGGGCGCUGUGGAUGCCACUACUGAGACAAAUCUGGCCCAGAAGUAUGGAAUUCGAGGCUACCCCACUAUCAAACACUUUCCCUCUGGAAAAGCAGCCAAACAGAGCCCAGUGGACUAUGACGGAGGGAGAACUGCGAGUGACAUAGUGGCGUGGGCCGAGACAAAAGCAGUCGUGAACUACCCGCCACCCGAAUUGACACAAAUCAUCGACGCCGAAAUUCUUAAAGAAGCGUGCACUGAACAUUCCGUGUGUGUGGUUACCUUUCUCCCACACAUUUUAGACGAUAUGGCUGUUGGCCGAAAUAAGAAACUAGCCCUUUUGAAGAAGAUCGGAAACGAGUUCAAGCAGAAGAAUUGGGGAUGGGUUUGGGCGGAAGGAGGCACCCAGCCUGCCGUUGAAAGCGCAGUCGGCGUAGGCGGUUUCGGCUACCCAGCCAUGGUUGUAGUGAACGUGAAAAAGAACGUGUUCGUGACUUUGCGAAGUGCCUUUGAUGAAGAACACGUGACCGAGUUGCUGAAGGCUGUUUCGGUUGGACGAGGCAGAACUGAACCUCUUCAGUUGACUGAAUUGCCGAAAGUUGACAAAAUCGAAAAGUGGGAUGGCAAAGAUGGAAAGCCUCCUGUUGAAGAGCACGAUGAGUUCUAAAGGAGAGUUUGAAGUGACCAAAGUAUCAGUUGUUUUUAAUCACGCAUACUUUGCUUCGAAUAGCAGUUCAAGAUAUCAAAAACAAACAAAAUAAAUUGUCAUUACUGAAAAUACAAUAAUAUAUGUGGUUAAAUUUGUUCGCUUCAAGCUGAAAUGUGUUAAUAAUUGUUCAGUCUUUGGAAGACCCGUGAAAUCAUGGAUUAUAAGUAAUAUAACAAUGAUGUCCUUAUUUGUAAAAAAUUGUCUUAUGAGGUGUUGUCUUUACGUUUUUUGGAGGGCUUAAUCUGAUAUAUUUUCUGAGGUAAUAUUGUUAAAGUUUGUUCAACAAUAGUGAAAUUUUAAAGUUUGAUUUUA